AUGGCUUCUAGCUAUCGUAGUAAUUUACAAACGAAUCAGCCACCCUACAAAUUAAUCCACCUUUGUGCUGAUAUUGUGGUCAAAUAUGCUAGUAUUACCAAGAUCGCUCUCAAUGUAUUGCCAGCUGAAUUAUUUCCAGCGUUAUUAGAUGCAUCGCUGCGAGAAUUACGAGUCUUGCCGUUAUCCAUGUUGAUCUCCCAUUGGCCCUUAGCCCAAUUAACUUAUAACAAAUAUAAUGUAUAUCCUACCAUUCAACAUUUACCACUGGUUUAUGGCAUUUUAUCCCAUUUAAUUGCUGCUAAUAUCGAUAAUUUUACUAGAAAAAAUUCCAAAUUAAAAGUCAUCGAUUUGCGUGGUAUCACCAUUGAUCCUAAUGGAAUGUUGACAUUUGUAAAAGCAAUCAUGCAAACAAAUCAACAUCCAUGUCAUCAUCAUUUAACGCUAUCAUUUGAUGACGACCAACUUCGACGAAAAUAUACUCAAACUGAUCAUGCAUUAACCAAUGAAGAUCAAGUACAUCCAAAACCAUCUACCAAGCGAUUAAAAUUGGCCCAUCAAUUACAAUUCUUUCUCGAAUGCCAUGUUGAUACUAAUAACUAUCACGAAAUUGGUCAGUUACUACGAAUGGAAAAUGCUCGCAUCGAUGUUCAUAUAACAUCGCUUCGAUGCCAAGAAAUUGGCUGUAAAAAGAUCCUAUCGUUAUUGCGAUUACUCAAACCCGAUGAGAUAACAAUGCUAAAUUUAGACUUUAAUGAUCUUGGUGGUAAGUACUUUUCAUCUCUGACCAAUCAGUUGCAACAUUGUCUGCGCUUAACAACACUCAAUGUAGCCUACAAUAAUUUAACUCGUAUUCAAAUUACUCUACUAUCAAAAUCCUUGCUGUAUCUAAAAUCGUUAAAACACCUCAACUUAAGUGGUAAUCGUUUAAAUUCACUACUACGUCAACUAUUAGCUAACCUUACACACUCGGUGGAAAUAUUAAAACUCAAUUAUUGUUGUUUAACCAAUCGAGAUUUAUUCGAUCUAGCGGAAUCGCAACAACAUUGUCAACACUUGAGCGAGUUGCAUCUAGAAAGUAAUAAUUUAGCACAAAAAUUAGAGUCUGUAAAAUGUCUAUUGAGCCGCACAAUCAAUCUAAAAACAGUUAAACUAAGCGAUAAUGGUAUUGAUCAAGGAAUUUUUAUAUCUCUUUGUCAUACUGCUCCUUCCAUACAACAUGUUCUGUGUAAAUGGAAUGAAGAAGAUACGCAACAGGAUCAUGCUCUUCCUUAA